ACCUAUACGUUGAUUUAAAGUCACCCCACGUCCCAGUAGGGACCCCUGGACCGCUCUCCACCUGCUCCGAGGCCCCGACUCAGCUUUUUCUCCUGCGAGGCAACCUGUUACGCGGGGAGAAGGAGAAACAUCACCGCGGCUGUAUGUACAAGUAAGAUCGAGCUGGGCUGAACCGACAACAAGAGGACUUAAAAUCUGGCUGGAAUUAAAGGAGACAAGACAAGAGGCAGCUUUGUUAAAACAGUUACCUGACAGAAAGUCGGGAAUCAUGACUGCGCUUGCAGGAGGUUUACCAAGAAUGAUGCGACCAGCUCCUCACCAGAACUACCCGCGGGGAGGAUACUCCCUGGAAGUAACUCCAGCUCCUUGGUCUGCAGUUUCCACCCCGUUAGGACAGGGUCGGGUCAACCAGCUCGGCGGCGUCUUCAUCAACGGCAGACCUCUCCCCAACCAUAUUCGCCAUAAAAUCGUGGAGAUGGCCCACCACGGGAUCCGGCCGUGCGUCAUCUCCCGGCAGCUGCGCGUCUCCCACGGCUGCGUGUCCAAGAUCCUGUGCCGGUACCAGGAGACGGGCUCCAUCAGGCCGGGGGCCAUCGGAGGCAGCAAGCCCAAGCAAAGCGCAACUCCAGAACUGGACAAGAAAAUCGAGGAGUACAAGAGAGAAAACCCCGGGAUGUUCAGCUGGGAAAUCAGGGACAAACUACUGAAAGAUGGGAUUUGCGACAGGAACAACGUCCCCUCAGUGAGCGCCAUCAGCCGCAUAAUGCGUUCUAAAUUCGGCGGAGUUUGUGAUGAUGAGGAGGAAGAAGAUGAGGUGGUGAAAAGGGCGAUGGAUGAAAACGAACCGCGGACAAAGCACAGCAUCGACGGCAUUCUGGGAGACCGAUCCAGUCACUCGGAUGAGGGGUCUGAUGUAGAUUCUGAGCCAGGCCUGCCUUUGAAGAGGAAGCAGCGCCGCAGUCGCACUACCUUCACGGCCGAGCAACUCGAGGAGCUGGAGAGGGCGUUCGAACGUACACACUACCCCGACAUCUAUACACGAGAGGAACUGGCUCAGCGGGCCAAACUGACAGAGGCUCGGGUUCAGGUGUGGUUCAGCAACAGAAGGGCGAGGUGGAGGAAGCAAGCAGGAGCCAAUCAGCUGAUGGCGUUUAACCAUCUCAUACCCAGCGGUUUCCCUCCAUCAGCUAUGCCAGGCCUGCAGCCUUAUCAGCUGUCAGAGAGCCCUUACCCUCCAACUUCUAUAGCCCAAGCAGCUUCUGAGCAGCCCAGUACAGUUCACCGACCCCAGCCACUGCCACCCACCUCCGUCCACCAGAGUGGGCUCACUUCAUCGGCAGCUUCCCAAGACAGCGGAUCCGCAUACUGCCUGUCCUCCGGACGACAUGGUUUCUCGGGAUACACGGACAGCUUUGUGGCUCAGACAGGACACACCAAUGCUGUCAACCCCAGCAUCAGCAACAGCCUCUCACCACAGGUGAUGGGCUUGUUGAACCCGAGUGGAGUGCCACAUCAGCCCCAGAGUGACUUUGCCCUGUCCCCACUGACUGGAGGCCUGGAGCCCAACGGAGCCAUGGCUGCUAGUUGUCAUGGAUCCCAGCGCCUGGAGGCUCUUCCAAGCCUGACCAGCAUGCCCACCCUGCCAAGCACCCAGUCUUACUGCCCACCCUCCUACACUUCACCAGCCUAUGCCGUAGACCAUCACCCCUCCUACCAGUAUGGGCAGUACAGUCAGAGCAAGGUGCCUUUCAUUUUAUGAAGCUCUCGACAUGACCUGGACAAGACGUCUGCGUUGCUGCUCUGACACUCCUCCCGGAGAGCACUGCCCCCCACGGCCUUUUGCCAACUUCCCCAGCCUUGAUGACUUCAGGACAAGGCAUGUGCUGUGUGGUGUGGACAUAUUACGGUGUUCUCCUUCAGGAAGAAUGGAAGCCUCUUUGGAUGAACAUCUAUUGAUGGUGAUGAAGCGGGUAGAGCAGAAUAAUUAAGGACCAAAGGCACCGCUUCCUCUGUUUCCUGACACAUAGCAUUUGUGUCACACCAUGUUCGUAGGACCAAGCUGCACAGGUUGUUCUUAUUUUGCUUUCAGAAGCGAAAGAAGGAGCAGAGAAAUGGGCACAUGCAGCCAAGACCUUGUUUUUGAUUUCUGUAACACGUUGGAGAGAUUCAUGUUGAGGUUCCCCUGUGGCCCCGCUUGAUGGGGUAAGGGUGUGAUGAUGGCACUCUUAAAAUAACCACAGCGCUCUUUUAAGGAUGUUGUCAUCACAAGAUCUUAGGACAGUGAUAUCAGCUGUACAUUGAUGUGUGUCAUGCAUCUGACAUUUGAGGAAAAAAACAUGUGGGGGCAUAAGGAAAAUCAGCAAAAAAGCAUAAACUGAAGCCAAGUGGAGCCAGUCAAUCCACUGCGACCCAAAGAAAGUGCAAUAUAUUCAUACCUCAUAUGCUGUAAGUCGACAACGAUCAGAUGUGUCUCAUUAUGUCCUCAAAAGCCUGCUCUCUCUUUGAAAUGUUGUUUGUCUUGGGUGGUAUCCAUUGAUCAAUCAGGGGAAAUCAUCAAGCGAUGAAUAUUAGCGAAUGUAGUCAUAAUGUCAUCAAGCCAAAAAAAAGAAAAAAAACUUCUCUGCCAGUCAACACGAUAUUCAGUACGACAGUUUAUUUUGCUGUUGUUGUUUUGUAUGUUAAAUUAGUUCUCACAAGGAACUUGAAAAUAUUAGUUCCACUUCUUAUUUAUUUAGUGUUGUUCAAGUGUAUUUUUCUGUAUGGCUCAUAUAAACUCGUUCCUCUCUUCUUAAGCAAGUCUUACACAAUUUCCAUCAUCCAUGUUUUCUCUUUUGUAUUAUUUUCCAUUUAAAGUGAUGUGAACAGAUGUUGUAAGAUCCUUUGUGUAUAA